AUGCGCCUCUCACGAUCAUUCGCUCUGUUUGCGGCUGUCACCGGCGUGCUCUCCUACGCGGUGGAGCUGCCAGCCGGCGUCCCGAGAUCUCUGUCGGAGUUCCGAGACAAGCAUCCUUAUACACCCCCAGCUACUGGGUGUGGACGCAAGAACAUCCAAAUACGCGCUUCUCAGAACGACACGGAUGACGUCUCUGAGGAGUUCCGCAAGGGUCUUGAAGAGGCUAACAAUGGUGGCACGCUGUACUUGCCCAAGGGGAAGACCUUCGUUAUUGCCAAAGCGCUGGAUUUAACCUUCCUCAACGACGUCCACGUUCGUCUUGAGGGAGAAAUCAAGUUCACCAAUGACGUCGCGUACUGGCAGGAAAAUGCCUUCACGCAUCCCUUCCAGAAAUCCAUCAUGUUCUGGAAGUGGGGUGGAAAAGACAUCAAGAUUUACGGUGACGGUGUCAUCAAUGGACAGGGUCAACGCUGGUGGAACGAAUUCAACGCUGGUAUUGGAUCGCCCCAGAACCCCGAUAACAAGUACCUCCGACCAAUUCUCUUCUACGUGGAGAAUACUACCAACUUGGAGGUUAAUGGUAUUCACAUGAAGGACUCUCCUUGCUGGACUAACUUCAUUGUCGGAUCGAGCAACAUCCAGUAUAAAGAUGUUAUCGCCACUGCUAUUACAAACAACGGUAGCAUUAUUCCCAAGAACACUGAUUUCUUCGACUCCUUGGAUGUGCAAGAUGUCCGGAUUGAGCGUGUCUGGGUCAACAUCGACGAUGACUGCUUCUCCCCGAAGUCCAACAACACCAACCUUUACGUCAACACCAUGUACUGCAAUGGCACCCACGGUCAGUCUAUCGGAUCUCUAGGCCAGUACCCUGGCGAGAUGUCUUUUGUCAAGGACGUCCACAUCGAGAAUGUGUGGAUGUUGAACGGAGACUACUCUGGCGCCCGUAUUAAGACAUGGGCUGGACCGAACGUCGGCUACGGCUACGUUGAGAACAUUACAUACAAGAACUUCUGGCUUGCAAGAAUGGACUACGGAAUUAUUCUUGAUUCUUGCUACUUCAACAUCAACGAGACAACCUGUGAACAGUACCCGUCAGGCAUGAACGUCUCCAACGUCUUGUUUGAGAACUUCACAGGCUACACGAGCGGCAUAUACGGUAACGCCGUAGCCAAGCUGACUUGCUCGACAAACCCGGACGCUGUGUGUCACAACAUCAAGGUCAAGAACUUCAACGUCACAAGUCCCUGCGGUGGCGAUCCAGUCAUCAUCUGCGAUGGAAUUGAUGGUGGAAUCGACGUUCCAUGCGUAAGCAUCGACAGUGACGAGGCAAAGGCCGCUUUGGCAGCCAAGUGCCAGACACCGCUUGCCCCGAUUGAUACGAAGCCUUGGUAG